UGUUCGACAAGGAAGGCUGGUCCGACGGAAGAGAGACGUCAUUCCAUCCCAUCGGCUAUUCCCAGAGGAUCCCUCUUAGUUGCCUCUUCGAGUCUGGAGCGGAGGAGCCGAUGGAGAAGGUGAGGCCGCAGUUCGUUCUGUUCGGGGACUCCAUCACCCAGCAGUCCUUCAGGCCCGGCGGUUGGGGCGCUGCUCUCGCCGACACCUACUCCCGAAAGGCUGAUGUAAUUGUUAGAGGCUAUGGUGGCUACAACACAAGGUGGGCUUUGUUCUUGCUUAAUCACCUCUUUUCCCUGAACUGCACAGCACCUCCUGCUGCUGUAACUAUCUUUUUUGGCGCUAAUGAUGCAGCCCUUUUGGGGCGGACAAGUGAACGUCAAUAUGUGCCUCUUGAAGAGUACAAGGAGAACUUAAGGAAAAUUGUUAAGCAUUUAAAGGAAUGUUCAGCCAUGAUACUGGUAGUGUUGAUCACUCCGCCCCCUGUUGAUGAGCAAGGACGGACAGAAUAUGCACGAUCUGUAUAUGGUGAGAAGGCAAUGGAACUUCCAGAAAGGACAAAUGAUAAUACUGGUGCUUAUGCAAGGCAGUGUGUUGAGCUGGCUAAAGAGUUGCAUAUUCCUUGCAUUGAUCUAUGGUCAAAGAUGCAAGAAACUACAGGAUGGCAGAAAAAGUUUCUAAGUGAUGGCUUGCACUUAACAGAAGAAGGCAAUUCAGUUGUUCACGAAGAAGUUGUACAGGUUCUCACGGAUGCCCACCUCCGAGCUGAAGCGAUGCCAUACGAUUUCCCUCACCAUUCGGAGAUUGACAGUGAUCACCCUGAGAAAGCAUUCGAACCAAAGAGCUAGGUCCUUCCCAUCUUGGUAACAUGGCACAUGCAUACUUUACUGAUUCAUUGAAAUGUCAAGUGAUCUUGGGGCACUUUACCACUAAACCCAUAUUGUUUUUCUUGCACUGGUUUGUCACUUGACUAUUCAAGUGCAUCUAUUUGUUUGCAUGCUUUUAAUCCGUGAGUUAUUUGUCUGCUGGGUAAAAUAAGUACCAAUUAUCUGUGAUACAAUGUUUUAUACCCUGUCAAGAUCACUGUAGCAAACUGAAAUAUGCAAGAUACAGAUGCUUCAAAUUGAUGUUUUCUUUA